GAAGAAAAUGGUUAAAAACUAAAAAGAGGAAAGAGGGAAAAGCGAAUCGACAAAUGGGGGAAUCAGAACCGAAGCAGAUGGCGCCAACUAAUGUCAUAGGCUGUCACGAAAGAAAAGGUAAAAGAAAGGGCAGAGGGACGAGUGAAUCCAAAAAUAUCACAUGGGGGUGACUCAGUUCGGUACCCCCCACGUCAAAGUGCAGCCCUAAGCUCGGAAACAUGCGGUUCGGUUCCAUUCCACAAAUUCUCUCCUUUAAUUCCUUAUCAGUUACCGUUUUUCCCGGUUUUGUAUCCCUGCCUCUAGCGCUGCAUAUAAAAUCAUGUACAACCCCUCCUCGUCUUUCGUUGCACAUCAUCAAAAAACCCAGAUCUCUUUCUCUCUCUGCGAGGUUGGUCUGAGCCGUUGCAGGAGUGUCUUUGAAAAAAGCUAAAAUUUGAGAGACACCGCAGAGAGAGAUCGAGCAUUUUUUUUUUCUUUUUUGGGACGGGAGAAUGGCAGUUUCCAGGGUUUGUGUUGUGGCUGUUUUUGCAGCUCUUGUUUUUUCUGUGAUUGUCUUGCCUGCUUCUAUUCAGGCCCAGUCCUCUGCUCCUGCUCCUGGCCCCACAAGCGAUGGGACGUCCAUUGACCAAGGGAUUGCAUAUGUGUUGAUGCUUGUGGCUCUGGUGCUCACAUAUCUCAUUCACGCUGCUGAUUUCUGCUUCAGCUUUUGAGCUUGCAAUUGGAAAUUAUGGCUUUUUUU